CUGAAAAUAUCUUUGGGAUUUCUUUGAUUCCUUUGAGGGUGUGUUCUCUCCCCUCAGCUCGUCUUCCACUGCAUGUAUGUGUUCAGUCUCUAUUUAUUUUCCCUGGUUUUCCCAGGGCCAGAUUUACAAGGUUCCGGGCUGGAAACUGUUUUGGUGCCCCAUGUAUGAAAUAAUAGUGCCAACGCUACUGAAAAUCACAGUACAUUACAUACAUAACCAGGUAUAAACCGAUGAGACCAACUGAUGAUGCUAUCUAUGUGCUUUGCCCAGGAGCUCAAUUUUGUUCCAUAAAAUAAAAAGAUAAAAAUGACUGUAACGUCAUAAUUUGUUUACAUUCCUACAAAUCCCAAAGUAUGCUUACAACUCACCUGAUACAGCCUGUGACUCUUGUAUGAAUUAUGUUUGCAAAACACAAGUUCAUUAAAAAAAAUUUAAAUAAAUAAAAUUAAGAAAUUAUUUAGCCCUCUAAGCUUUCUCUAAAGUCUGAUCUAAUGUUUUCCAACCAUUAGAUUAACAAUAAUUCUUGUUAUUUUAAAUUAUUAUAACAUAUCAAUCAAAUGUAUUUAUUUUUCCUUAGUGUUUCUUCUUAAUAGGUAAAGCAACAAUUACAAAAAAACAACAGUAAUAGUAAAAAUUCAUAGUUUCUGGGUUUCUACCUCAUACUCACUUUGAGGACAAUCCUCAUUAAAAUAUCUCAUUAUGAAUAGUCGCAAUCAUGCAAACUUGUCCUACGGAGGCAGUCCUGCCGGAAAAUCCCUCGCCUCUGCAGGAUAUAAAACGAGGGCCCGUCUCCAGGACGGGGCAUCUCACUCGGGGUCCGACAGCAGCGAGGAAACCCACUCAGAGCUUCCCAGCAGCGCGUCAUGUACUCUACAUUCAGUAAGUCAUUUGCAGCCGGAACUGCUGCGAGCAGCUUCCUGUAUCUGGGCCUCUUCUCUUCCUCUUUUCAUUCAUUCAUUCAUUCAUUCACUCGUGGUUCAGACCUACGACUGCUCGCCGCCCUGAUGCUGGCAGCAGCCCUGCCUCUCUGCGUCCCCGGAGCUCCUCUGGACGGAGCCGUCACCGACCUCCCUCCAGAAGAGAGCUCAGGCGAGGGAGAGGAGGAGGUCCAGACGAAGCCGUGCCCGACUGAUCCUUUUAAUAUCACGGAGACUUUGGCGCAGAUCCUUAAAGUCACCAAAGGCCACAAAGAAGAGGUGAGAGCUCUCUUUCUUAAGUUAUUUGAAUUUAUCUGGCUUGUUUUGACACAUCUAACUCCUUCUUUGUUUUACGAUCGUUGUGUGUCGUCGUUUUUUUUGCUUUUUGGACGUCUGACGGCGCCUGCUGUGACCUUCCAGGAGGCUCGCCUCCAGCAGCUGGCUCAGGAUCUGACGACGUACUCGGUUCUCCUGAAGCACGUCGACAAGGAGUACCCCGGCAGGUUCACCGUGACUGAACUGAAAGCGGCGCUUCCUCGGCUGAUCGCAAAGGUCAAACGAACGAUGAGAAACGCUGACCGUGUUGUGGCUCUGACCGGCAGCCAGGAGCUGCAGCUGCUGGAGGAGCCCGGAAGCCUCGAUUCGUACCACAGGAAGAUGAUGGCGCACAGCAUCCUUAGCUCGAUCCACGAUUUCCUGGUGGAGUGGAAAAGGGAGCUGACUAAAAGGCAGGUGCGAAGAACAAACUAGUGAUCUCACCGAGACGGAAGCAGACCGGCGUCUUUUAGGGAGGAACAGCUCAGGUACAUGAGGUGAUCCCUGCUCUCCUCGGGAGUGAAAGUAAUCUACUGGAUCGAAUGAUGCGGCCCCUCUGGGGCUAUAUGGUCGAACAUUUAUUCAGAGAAUAAUUAACAUAUUUAUAUUAAAUAAAACACUGUAUUUAUUAGAGAAGCCAUUAUUAUUGAAUACAUUUUGUAUUUUAUUGUGACUUCUUGUUAAAUUCCUGUAUUUUUUAGUCGACAGCAAUUUUUUUUUGUAAUUUUUAUUUUUUUUUUUACAUUUAUCUAUAUAAAAAAGAUAAAUGUAAAAAACAGAAAGAAAUACUAUUUGAAUUCAUGUUGGAAUUUUUUUUUUUUUUUUACAUGCAGAAAUAAAGAAUGUUAUUAUUAAUACAUAAGAAUCACGUGUCUUCAUAUUAAGCCUCCCCCCUCACCCCUCCAGAAUAUUUGGUUUAUUUUACAUAUUAUAUGAGACUGUCCAAAAUUUGCCAGUCACGCUUG